GCCGACCAAUGAGCGCCCCUCAGGUGCCACAGUGCCCCUAGUUGCCUGGCACGGGCCUAACACCUGCUAGUCUCCCUUGGCACUGUGUGAGGGCCCGCCGGGACCGGCAGCAGCAGCAACAACAUGGCCCACGCCACCGCCCGCACGCCCACACCGCCCACCCGCUAGUCCCAGGGUCCACCGCCGCCGCCCGCACCAGCAUGCGGCGGUCCUGACGGGCUCCUUCCCCCGCGCCUCCGGCAGGAAGGAGCUGACGCCGUCACAACCAGUCAAAGAUUCAGUGAGAUUAGUGCAAUUAGCUGGGAACAGCAGCAGCAGCAGUUUGGCCCCACGCGUUGUGUUCGCCAGAGACGCCCCCGCAGGAGCUAAAGCUGUGUCAAAAGCAGCAGCUAAAGCUGUGGCGGCAGCAGGAAGUGAAGCUGUGGCAGCAACAGCUGCAAGUAAAGCUGUGGCAGCAGCAGCAGCAGCUAAAGCAGUGGCAGCAGCAGAUGAAGCUGUGGCAGCAGUAGCUAAAGCUGUGGCAGCAGCAGUAGCAGCUAAAAACAUCAAGCUCAGCACCUGCUACGUCUGUCAUGUGAGCCACAAUGGGCCCCAUCCGCGCCUUCAUGCGCCCCUCGCACGGCGCCGCCCCUGGGGAGUUCGCCACAACCGCCAGCCCCUUCAGCCCCUCCCACCGGAGCUUCUCGGCGCAACACCGCCCCUGCGGCACCCAUGCCCCCUCCUCCUCCCCACUCCACAACCCCCACCAGCGCCCCCACCCCUACUGCCAAACGUGCGCGGUGGACCCCCUGCGCGCUGGCCUCAUGUCCUCGUCUGUGGCGCCCUACAUCUACCACCACUUUAGGACACUCCUGCCACCAGGAGCGCCGCCUGCGGACCCCCACCCGGGCGUCAGUCUGCCGCAGGACACGAGGGGGCAGGCCCUGGGAGAGACUGUCUGGAGGAAGCAAGCAGGCCGGUGGAAGGACAGUGAAUACAAGUGGAAGAAAGAUGAAGAUAAGUGGAAGAAAGAGAGUGGGGAAAACAAGUGUAAGAAGCGCGGGGAAGAUAGCGCGUGGAGCAAGGAUGAAUACGAGUGGAGGAAAGAGAGGGAUGAGAGCAAGGGGAAAAGAGAGAAGGAUGGAUGUAAGUGGAAGAAGAGCAAGGAUGAAUGCGAGUGGAGGAAGGACAAAGACGCAUCCCCGUGGAGGGCGGCUAAAAACGACCGCGAAAAGUGGAUAAAGAAAGAUAGAGAACAAUGCAAGCCGAAGAAGGAUGAAUACAAGUGGAGGAAGGACAAGGCAUCUCCGGGGCUGUGUCACACCUCGGCCAGAGCUGACGACCCGUCGUCGUCACGCAUGGCCCUGGCUUUCCCCUUCUCCGACGAAGAAGACGACGACGAGGACGAAGGCCGCGCCGCAGGUGAGAGCAGGCACGAGGCCUGGCCUAUUUCGGACAUCGUUGAGACCGAGGACGAGGAAGGGGAGCCUCAGGAGCCACUCCCGCAGUCACUCGAGGCUGCGGACGCCGCCCACGCCAGACUCGAGGGGAGUUCGCUGACGCAGGAGGGCCCGAGUACCGGCACUCCUGCAGGAGAGAGUGUAGCGAGUGUGGUGAUCAAGGCGCCAGGCUCGCCUCGGGCCCAGGACAGGCUCGAGUCUCCAAAACCCGAGAGAGAGAACUACCGCCCGUGCAACACACAAGUCCCUCUCGAGCCUCAGCAAUGCAAAGAACUCCCCCCACGGCACGAGGAAGCAUCAGGCGAGGAGCAGGACUAUGUGGUGGGAGAUGAGGGAAGAGGGGACGAGGAGGAGGAGGAGGACAAAGAAGAAACGGAUGAGAGGAAGGGAGCAGAGAGCGGGGAGUCUCCUCGUGACGGCAUCAGAGCAACUCAGCGACUUCGCCCACGCAGUUACAGACAGUUCCUGUUGACGAGGGAGAGGAGGAGCCGGGUGUUCCUCAAGGCGAGGAGCUACCACUUGGGCCGCUGGUUCAUCGCCCACUUCACCCACCCGUACCCCUCCAAGGACCAGAAAGACCAACUCGCCACCAAGACCAAUAUGACCAGGAAUCAGGUGAGCGAAUGGUUUGGUAACAUGCGUCGCCGGAUCCGCGAAGCGACGCGCGGCCUGGGGCUGUGUUGGGAGGAGCGGGUCAGGGUCUACAACGCCGUCAUCACCGGCAAGUCGGAGCCGCUGCCCAUCCUCCCGGACGAUGCCAUCAACACCUGGGUGCCUCCCGUUCCUCAAGACCCUCCAGUCCUCGAGUCUCCCGAAGAGGUGUCAGUAUCGCCCAAGUUCAAGACGACGCUCCUCCACCGGUAUCUCAAUAACUCCUUGGAGGCCGCAGUAUGCCCCUCCGGCGACCUCCAGUACUCCUCCACCUCCGCCUCCCCUCAACAUGAUGACCCCCUCCAACCCUACAAAUCAUCAUCAACGUCAGAGCCUUCUGAUGAGUUUCCACAGUCCUUGCCACUCUGCACUUCCAGCCCCAAGGAGAGCUUCCAAGCUCUUUGGAACGCCUCCUUCGAGCACGUCAAAGAUGGGCAGGUGCCGAGCGUUGGCACCAGAGUCCUUGGCCGGCCAGACCUCCUCCAGGUGAAGCCACAGGGCGAAGAGGAAGGACGAGUCAUCAAGAGAUAUGACCGACAUCGGAAUUAUGGAUCCCCGUGUGUCAAGAAGCAGAGGACGCUAGAGCCGGGCGAGGACUGGCUACACCGAGCUUCAACGUCUACAAACUCCACUCCCAGGCCCUCCACUCCCGGGCCCUCCACUCCUGGGCCCUCCACUUCAAGAGACUCCAUUUCGCUGGUCUUUGGGGGACGCAAGACAGCUGCUGGCGGUGAAAGCUACAGCAGCCGUCUUCACCUGGCGUCGUGGACCACAAGGGCCACCUUGGCCGACGCCAGGUCCUCAGACGAGGAGGGCAGCGCAGACCGAUGCAUACGUCUGCCGGAGGAGCUAGCAGCUGCUUACACUCUUAUGCAACUGCAACAUAUGUGACGUCCUUGUCUCUUGCACCUGUAAGACGUGUGAACUCCUCGC